AUGGCUGAAGUGAGGGUCUCUGUUGAGCUGGAUCAGUUUAAAUGUCCAAUCUGCUUGGAGCUUCUGACCAAUCCUGUGUCUAUAACCUGUGGACACAGUUUCUGCACAAGCUGUAUCCAGCGCAAAUGGGAUACAGAUGCAUAUACAGGAGAUUACAGCUGUCCUUUAUGUAGGCAGAAGUUCUCUUCAAGACCGGUGCUAGGCCAAAACAUUGUGCUGGCUGAGAUGGUGAACAAAAUGAAGAUGAUGAACCUUCACGCUGCUGGCAGACAGCUGGCUGGACCUGAUGACGAACAAUGUUACAUUUGUACAGGGGAAAAAUGUAAAGCUAUCAAGACCUGCCUGGUGUGUCUUGCAUCAUACUGUGAAGUGCAUUUAAACCUUCACAAUGAGCUGAACCCGGGAAAUAAGCACAGAGUCAUUAAUGCCACAGGCAAGCUUGAAGACAAGAUCUGCAUCUAUCACCACAAACUCAAGGAUAUGUAUUGCUUUGAAGAUCAGAGAAGUAUGCAGCUAAAACUUUCACAAAUAAAAGUUAACCAGAUUAUCCAGAGAACAGAAAAUGUUCUUAAGGGACUACAGAUAAUUGAAGAGGACUUUAAGAGAUCAACAAAGGUACUAGAGAAAGACAGUGAGAAAACAUUUGAAGAUCUGAUCAGCUACAUUAGGAAACAACAGUUUAUGAUGACAUACAUGAUUAAAUUAAGGAAGCAGAAAGAUAUACAGAGAUCCGACAACAUUCAGAAGCAACUUCAGAUGGAGCUUGCUGUGUUGAAAAACAGAGCAGAUGAACUGAACCAGCUUUCAUGCACAGAGGAUGACAGCUACUUCCUUCAGAGAAUGGCACUUCUAUGUGAAGCACCAGUCUCUGAGUCUCUAUUUAAAAUCACAGUCAACACAUCUAUCUUUGAAGAUUUGAAAAAAUCUGUAUCCAACAUGAAAACACAAACAGAGCAGCUAUGCAACCAUGAAAUGCAGUUAUUAAAAACAGAUUUCCAACCGCUGACACUGGACCCCAACACUGUUCAUAAGAAUCUGACCCAUAAUAACAGCAUGCUGAUAUGGAGUGAUGAUUGGCACAACUACCCAGAUCAUCCAGAUAGGUUUGAAACCGCAGCUAUGGCACUGUGCAUUCAGGGUUUGACUACAUGCAGCUACUGGGAAGUUGAAUGGGGAGGUCCACAGGUCUCUAUAGCAGUCACAUAUAAAGAGAUUAGUAGGGGGGUAUGUUGUGUGGCUCUUGGGUGUGAUAAAAAGUCUUGGGGUUUGUUCUGUAACCAUUCCAAUAGCUACUUCUAUCAUGAUAGCAAAGAAAUUGAUAUUCUUGAAAAAGUCUACUCAAGAAUUGGAGUUUAUCUGGAUUACAGUGAAGGAAUUCUGUCCUUCUACAAUGUCUCUGACACAAUGCACCUGAUCCACCAAAUCAAGGACAAGUUUUCUGAGCCACUUUACCCUUGUUUUUGGGUCUUUGAUGGCUCAUAUGUGAAACUGUGUCAUUUUAAUGAGAAUGUGUCUCAUCAGCCCAUUCUAAAAGGCAUUAAAGACCCUAGUGAAGUGAAAUGCUCAGGGCUUUCUCAAUUUCAUGUUCGGCAAUAUCAUAGAAAGUAA